UGCAGUGGGAGAAAAGACUGGAAAACAAAAUGCCCAGCCAGAAGGCCCGCACGUUCCACAAACAUCCACGUAGGGGCAAAAAGACUCUCAACUGAAGUUUUGCUUCACUCUGCCGGUGAUUAUGAAAUGAUUAUAAAGCUGCGUAAAAUUCCCCCCAAAAUCCAAUUUCGACCAGCGUCACCGCAUUUUUGGUGAAUAGCAUUUACAGUAGUAUUUAAUCUGAUCAACCAAAACCCAUUUCUGGGAAUCAAGGUUAAAAUCCAAUCCAUAUGGCCGCUGCCGAAACAGAUUGGUCCCAGCUUCCCGGAGAACUCCUGGACCUCAUCUCCAAACACCUCCCAUCGGAGGUAGACCUCCUCCGCUUCCGUUCCGUUUGCGCCACCUGGCGAUCCUCCGUCCCUCGCCCCUCACCCUCUCCCUCUCGUUUCCCAAUCCUCCCAAACGCCGGCAUCUCCGAUACCACCUGGGGCUUCUACCUAUCCAAGCGCACCAUCUAUUGCCUGCAAAACCCCGAAACCCCCCUCACUAAAGCCUGGAUUAUCAAGCUAGAACGCGACCACCCUGAUCGGACCCACUUGCUCAAUCCCCUCACUCGAUCCCAGUUUCGACCCCUCCCACACAACUUCCCCAGAAGAUUUGAUUUCUCCAAUUUGCGCGUUCGUGAAUUGGGCUGUGAGUUCACUCUGCAGUACAUCAAUUAUCGGCCCUCCGCUAGUUCCCUCCUUGGCGAUGCUGGCAAUCUCUACAUGGAGAAAGUUGCUCUCUCUGCCAAUCGACAUGGUGAGGGAUUUGUGCUCCUGACAAUUCAUGUUUCUGGGAAAUUGGUCCUCCACAAAUCCGGUGAUACCAAAUGGACCGUCAUUCCCGAUUUGCCUUCUCCCUACGACGACGUCAUCUUUCAUCAGGGGAACUUUUAUGCCGUCGAUAACACUGGCAGACUUGUAAUGGUGGAUUUGAAUCCCGGAUCGAUUCCUGGUGUGAGUGCUGUCGCCGGCUCCAUUUUCGGUGGGGAUAAGAAGUUUCUAGUGGAGUCUUGUGGGGAUUUGGUGUUGGUUGACAUGUAUUUGAGUGUUGGGCCCGAGGAUGAUCUUGGAUACAACGAAGCCCUCGAGUUUUACGAGGAAUUUGAUUGUUUCAUGAGCGAAAGGACGGUGAAAUUUAAGGUUUUUAGGCUUGAUAGGGGUCGGGAGAGGUGGGUUGAGGUGAGUCAUUUGGGGGAUACCAUUUUGUGUUUGGGAGAUAACUGCACAUUUGCGGCUUCGGCAUCCGAGCUUAAUUUCCCUGGCAAAGGGAAUUGUAUAUUAUUUACCGAUCAGUUCUUCCAUGAUAGGGAAGAUGAUGGGGGUUCGAAGGGUAGUGGAAUUGGGGUUUUCGAUUUGGAGAGUGGUAGUAUUGGGCCCAUAACCUCUUAUGAGGGCUAUUCUGAGUUGUUUUGGCCACCACCUGCUUGGGUUUAUCCCCCUUCGGCGGUUGAAGAUUGGUUGGAAGAACUCAGCAUCUAAUUUGUUAGUGAUCUUGAGAGGGGGAUCAGCUAACCACUUGAAGGGGUACUAGAGACCGGGUUCUUCAUUUUCUUGUACAUACAAUAACGGGGUUGAUGGCUUUUAGCAUUUUUUUCUACUUCUAGUUUCAUGAUUUUUCAUAUUAAAUCCUGUACCAUUUAUGGUUCAAGGGAUUUAUUUCAUUAAUACAGGCGGCUAUUCAAGAUUGUUAUUCAUCUUAUUGAUGAUGUACUGAAUUGCCAGAUGGAAACCAUUUUGGUCCAAUUUAACUUUCUACAUGUCGGUCUUACCUGUGACUGUGAGCACCAUUAGACCUGGUUGAGUGAAACCCAUGGAGUUAGUAGGAGGAGGGGGAGGAGCGGUAACUGUUCCUGAAGGAUCAUGGCCAAGAUUUGGUAAAAAAAAAAAUGUAAGAUCCAGAUUGCAUCUUGUACAUCGUUUUUCACAUCAUAUGUGGGGUUCACAAAAUUUUGUUCUAUAAUUACACGCUGUUGAAUGUGAGUUACACUAGGUGCAUACAGAGUUACACGCUGUGCAUUGUGCACAAAACCUUCGGGAAUGGUUGCCUGCCCCUGUCCGAGUUAGUAUGGGCAAUUUUAUGACAGUUCCUUUGUCAUUCUCAUAUAUUAUCCUCGUUUUCUCCCAAGGAUAUGGAUUGGCUUUGGCAGACAUAAAGUAAUACCGGUGUCCGGUGAAAAAGUUAAGAACUGUGUUUUAGAUGUGAGGUUAUCGGCCAGAUGGGAGGUUAAUCCCAAAUAGACAAUCAGAAAAGGAAAAAAGUAGAGAGAGAACAGACAAAUUAUGAUACACUCACAUCCUAAAAAGGUUGAUGGUGGUUUAUUUCCCAAAAAGAAAGAAAAUACUAUAGUUAGAGGGUGGUUGUUUCAUUGCAUCAUGAUUUGCUUUCUUAUUUUGCUUCAUAAUUUAUAAAGUCGCUUUCUUGUUUCGGUUCAUGAUAUAUGGUAGAACUUAGCAACGUAAUUUUUUUUUCAUGAAGCUCCCUUCUUCAUGCUUAAUUUGUGAUCGAAGUUUAACCUGUGCUUAAGAGUAUGGCUAGUUUGAUUCGGCUCUAUUAUCCUUUUUCUUUUUGGUUGUGGCACUUCCUAUAGUCAAAAUUCUGCUGGAGCUAAAUUCAUUUAGAUGCUGUAACAUUUGCAUCCGAUUUGUCCUCUAAGAUCUUUGACAAAAUUCAUUUAAUUAUCUCAAAACCUCUGUUAUCUUUAGUAAUCCUAUGUUAAACUCUCAUGUCACGCAAUAAUCUACCUCCUCUGAGAGGAAUUUGGUCCUCGACACCAAAACAAGUACAAAGUUAGAUCUUGUCUUUUCCUCAGAUUUAAUUGUACAAUUUAGUAGGCAACUCUAUCAGGCCUAAACUUACUCUGCCUCAGCUAUGUAAGGUUUUAGAGAAUUCCUUGGCUGCAUCACUGUAUCCAAGUCCAAUCAAUCCUUCCAUCUGCUAAUUGGCUCUCAUCAAUCUCCCUGCUCUGCCACUAACAGCAUAAAUAGGGCAGCAAGUUUCUUUCUUUAUAGAGUGACAGCAUUUCUAUAGUCCUGAGGCUUCCAGCAUAAGACCACAAGUUACCCAAGUUAGCAUGUAUCACUUUGUCUUACUUACGGUUCGUGGAUCCCUAUAGCUAUUCUUAUGCAGUGGCGAAACAGCUCUUCCGGGGCUACCACUGACCAGAGGGGAUAAACAGAAUGAUGGCGUUGCAAAGGAAGAAGUAUAAGGGGUGCACUGAACGGAGAAUGGACUCGGUGAGAUUUGCAUUUGGACAGGAAGACCACCCAAACCUCCCCUGUUGAAAAAGGACACAGAUCCUAUUGCAUUGCAGUUCUUGGUGGCAUCAUCUACAUACAAGAGAUCAUCAAUCCUUGCCAUCACAUUGAAUGCCAAGCUCUCCAUUACCCUUGAGUAGCUUUCCAGGAUUGACUGCCCGACAUCCUAGACAACACAUGAGAAAUUAAGAGAUACUUGUGGUGGUGAACUCCAACAAUACAUACUUAUCUUUACAUAGGUGCAUCAUGUAAUACAGUAAUUAGUGUGUGCAUCUCUCUUCCAAGUUCCAAGUGAUUCCUAAAAAUCUGGUCCUUUUAGUGUAAUCGAAUACAGCUAUUCACAUAAUGCCUAGGGAAAUUGAGAAUCGCUAUGCCAAAAAUCUUUUUGUGAAUCAACUCAAGGAGUCCUAAUCAUAAUUUUUAGAUGUCAAAAUUAUAAUUUGUGCAUUUUAUUAGCUCAACAAAUAAUCUUGAUGAUACAUGUAAUGUGGCAUUUAUAUGGACAUCAUUAGCACAAUCAUUUGGGUCAUGCAUAGACAAGUAAAAAAUAUGUAGACAACUGCAUCAACUUACAUGCCUCCACGAAUUCCAUGCCCUUUGCUCUAUGCUAUGUUCUGCCGAUCUGAAUUUACUAAACAGUUAAAAAAAAAAAAAUAGCGGUUGGGUCUAAACUACCUUGUUGUACUGAAUUUUGUUCAUAUCUAAUGUGGUUUGUGGUAGACCAGGGAAAUGAAGCCUCAGGCUAUGCAAGAGCAGUUCAGCCCGUUGUGCCAGAAAUUGAUUCUUCUCAGCAUCUGCAGCCAGGCCCUUGACCUUACCACCCCAAGAUUUACGCUUUGAUUUCUGACGAUUCGGAUGCUUUUUCCUAUCUUUCAGGCUCCAAACAUGCACAGCUGCUUCAAUUCUGUUUGCUAUUUCCAAUGUGUGAUGCUCAGAUGACAAGUCUAGACAAUCCAGAAGACUUUCAGGCGAGAAUUGAUCAGCAGCUAUAUGACGGUAGAUCAUAUCACCCAGACAAGCUUUCCCAUUCUGCAGUGGCAGUAAAUUAAACAAAUAAUAGUCAAAGUUACUCCACGAGGUUUCAGAUAUAAGACGAAAAAAGUAAAUGUGGAUAAAACAUUUCUUAUUCGCAUAUCUUUCAGACAACCCUUGUUAUUAACAUACUCUGUUAUACUUAUCCUUGCCAUAGAUAACACAGCACAUAAUAAUGACUGGCAAAGUUUCUUUU